UUUUUUUUUACAUCUUACUUCAUUUAUUGAUUAUAUGAUGAUGAUGAUGAUGAUGAGGGUAUACAUCUUAUUGAUUUUCCUUAUAGACAUGAUGAUAACCCUAGUGGAAGGCAAGUUACGUACAUUUGAAUUGAAUAUUGGCGAAGGGGAUUUAAAUCCUGAUUGUGGUAAACAAGUCAGUCGAGUGAUGCUAGUGAAUGGUCAAUAUCCAGGUCCUCCUUUACGAGCUACAAUGAAUGAUGACAUACAUAUAAUUGUACGCAAUAUUGGCACAAGAGAAUCGACAACAGUACAUUACCAUGGUAUUCUUCAAAUUGGUACUACUGAAUCUGAUGGUAUGCCUAACGUUACACAAGCAGCGAUCCCCCCUGGUGGCGAAUAUCAUCAACGAUUCCAACUUAUUGAUCAAGUCGGUACUUACUUUUAUCAUGCUCAUGUCGGUCUCCAAGAUGAAAGUAUACAAGGUCCUUUUAUUAUCUAUCCCAGUGAUGAUGCUUGGCCUCCCGAAGCACUUCAUGACAACAGCUUCACUGAUAAUAAUAAGGACGUAGAGGAAGCAUCAUCGCCGUUAAAGGAUGGUCCUUAUGAAUAUGAUGAUGAAAGAAUUAUCCAAUUAUCGGAAUGGUGGGCAGAAAGUGCUGAAAGUCGAUUGGCUUACUAUUUAGGGAACUACUAUAAAGGAUUUGUUGCUGCUGAUCAAUACCUGAUUAAUGGUCGAGGUGGAAAAUUGAAAGGGAUAUCUCAUCAUGACAACAACAAAAGACAUGAUAAUGAUGAUGACGAUGAUGACGAUGAUGAUGAAGAUUCAGAUAGUAAUGGUGAUGAUGAUGAUGAUGAUCAAUGUCCCGGUUUAGCUGCUAUUGAUGUCAAGCAUGGCAAGGUCUAUCGAUUUCGUGUGAUUGGCGCUCUUACUUUUGCCUCUGUAGGUUUUUCCAUUGCUGAACAUAAUAUGACGGUGAUCGAAGUGGAUGGCAAUUUAAUCCAACCUUUUGAAACCACUUACUUGGAAGUAUCCUCUGGUCAACGAUUUUCUGUCUUAGUCAAAGCGAAUCAAGCUCCUGGCACCUCUUAUAAUAUUGCAACAAAACCUUAUUGGAUUACUAAUACAACAACGUCUGGUCAUGCUAUUAUGAAUUAUGUUGGUGGAUCAUCAGGUGAUAGGACUCGUACAGAUUUGAUUCGCAAUUGUCCACCAGCAUUUGCACGUACAACAUUACAGAAAGCAAGUAAUCCUACUAAACCAUAUUUUCCUAAACAGUUCAAUCAAUGGUUUUUCCCUGAUAUGGAACCUCUUGAACCCAAAAAACAUGACUUCAGUACUGCUCCCGAUCGUACUAUUGUGUUGAUGCCCAAGGAACAUAUCAUGAAAGACAAUACUACUCGAUGGUUGAUCAAUAACCAUCCUCCUCCAGAAUGGCAAGUUCCAAUCAUCGAUGAAUUGCGUCUCCAUGUUGAAGAAGGUCUCCCACUUUCUCGACGUGCUAUGAAUAACACUGCUAUGCAAAUGAAUCGUGAUGGUACCUGGGAUGGUUAUGAUGAUUCUUUACAAACCUAUCCUAUCCAACAUAAUGAAAUCAUUGAUGUGGUCAUCCAUACAACUACUUUGAUCAAUCAUGGUAUUUGCGCAAGUCAUCCCUGGCAUUCGCAUGGAUUUCAACAUUAUCCUAUUGCUGAUGGUGGUGGUGAAUAUGAUCAUGAACAAGACAAAGAUAUUCGAACUUAUUUACAUCCUAUACCUAGAGAUACCACCUUGGUUUAUCCUGUUGAUGUCAAAAACAAAGGAAAAGAACAAAAACAUGGUGUUCCUUGUGGUUGGACGAAAAUACGGAUUUUUGCUACAAAUCCUGGAUUAUGGGCUUUCCAUUGUCAUAUUACUGGCCAUAUGCUUCAAGGUAUGAUAAUUGUAAUGGAUAUGGCUACAGAUCAAAUCGCUGCUCUUCAACAAUAGCAUGCAUGUUCUUUAUUUUGUUUUUUUAUUUUAUAAAGUAUUCUUGUAUAAACAAAACACACAUAAAAAAAAUCAAACUAUAUAUAGUAUUGUUAAACUGUAAAUAAAUAACCUAAUCUGGUU